CUCGACUGGCCUUCACACCGAUACCUGCUGGUGUCGAAAUUUGGGUAAUGUAAAUAUUGUCGUUCCGUUCAUUGCUCUUCACUUCAUCGUCAAUUGCUGCUUAUUAGAUAAUCAGUUUUUAUAUUAAAAUAAAGUUCGUUACAUUACAGAUCUAUAAACUUACAUAACUUUGAAAAAAUUCCAAUCUAAGGAUGCCUACCUACAAAGUCCGUUACUUCGACAUUGCUGGAAGAGGAGAACCUAUUCGAAUGAUAUUGAGUUAUGGACAGAUCCCUUUCAUUGAUGAACGUAUUUCUAAUGAAGAUUGGUCUAAAAUUAAACCAACUACCCCUUUGGGCCAGGUUCCAGUUCUGGAGAUAGAUGGAAAACAAAUUCCGCAUUGCAUUCCAAUUUGUAGAUAUUUAGCAUCAAUCGUAAAUUUGGCAGGAAGUGAUGCGACAGAAAAUCUUGCAAUAGAUGUUGCUGUAGAAACACUUGUAGAUUUGGGCAACCUUGCCUAUGAAGUUAAACGGGAAACCGAUGCAGCAAAGAAACAAGAAAAAGAAAAUAAAUUUAAACAAGCCCUAUCCCUUUUCCUUGGAAAACUGGAUGAGUACGCCCAAAAACAUGGUGGCUACAUUGCAUUGCCUAGGUUAUCCUGGGCGGAUAUUGUAUUUACCUGUAGUUACGAAGCACUAAUGAAUAAAACAGGUGUAGACACCUUUAACCCUUAUCCCAGUUUACAAAAAGUGAAAAACAAUGUUUUGGCUCAACCAGGUAUUAAAGAAUGGGUGAAAAAAAGGCCAGCGAAUCCUAUGUACACACUAUAUAACUUAAAAGAAGAUCUUUUAUAAUAUUGAUGUUUAAUAAAAAGUCGUUACUCAUUUGAAA